UGGAGGCAUUACGCCCCAUAAUAGUGCUCCGUAUUCCUUUUUGUAAUCCAUGAGAUUUCGAGAAAAGUUUCCGAUGCUAACUUGUUUACGAUGAUUAUCAACAAUUGGUGGUAAGCCUCGUUAGUUUUGUCUAACCUUAUUAUUUUCUUGUUUAAUAUGCGUCUUACCAUCGGCGUCCAUUGUGAUUUACGGCAUUAGUAGUGUAGCGUCCCUCACUUUAAGUAUAAUUGUACUUUUUUUUCAUCGAAAUCACAUUAUAGUUGUACAUAUUUUUAUACAUUGGUGUUUUUGUAAAAAACUAUUUAGAAACAAUUAACUUCUAUUAAGUAAUAUUCGUGCGGUCCUGUCCGGUGUCCACUAAGGCCACACCGCACACAUGGUGAGCCGUGUGUCGCCAUUGCAAUCUGACGUGUUUGACAAAGUAUAUUUUUAUUUGCCUCGAGAAUCUAAAUUCAAGAGAACGCUGCGCUACCUCACAAAUUAAUUACCUCUAUCAAGUAAUUUAAAUCUUUUUUAAAGACAAAACUAAAAGGAACAAUAACAAAAAAUAGAUCAUAUUAAUUAGCAUACAACAAUGAGCUUUGAUAUCAGUGAAAAAAGUUUUGAAUUUGUUUCUACUAAUAUUAAAAUAGACAAUGGUUCAAUUUUCAUUGAUGAAUCAAGUAAUUCAGAAGAUUUUGCUUAUAAGUCUAAUGUUAAAGAUAAAAUACAACAACAUGAAAUGUGUGAAUUAACCUCUACAUCUUAUGAAAACUAUGUCAAUGUUUCAGAAUCAAAUUCACGGGAACUUACAGAUACAUUAUUAGAUGAUGGAAAAAUUGUUGCUAUGCAUAGAAUUUCUCCGUCGACUGCUUUGCCAAUAAUGCGAACAUCACCAAAAUCAUAUACUUGCCAACAUUGCUUUUUGUGUAAUACGGUUUUUAAUUCAUUUGACGUUCCUGUAUAUAUUAGUUGGAUAACAAGUAUUGACAAGCAAAAUGAGUUUUUAAAAAUUAAGCCAUCAUUAUCGAUUGAUUCAUGCCUUUGUCAAUUUUGUUGGGAAUCCUUGGUAAAAAAUAAGGAUUCAAUAUUAAAUGAAGAAUUAUUUUCUGAAAAAAAGACUAGAUUGUUGGAAUGUUAUUAUGGGAGGAAAAAAAGAUCAAAAAAUGAAAAAUCAUGCUCAAUACAUUUCUGCUCUGAAAAUUAUAGUCAUAAAAUGUCUGUGAAUGAGUAUGAAAAUAUUAAAAAAAUAUUAUCAACGUUUGAAUCUUGCUCUUUAGUUUUCUUUAAAUCCACAAAAGAAACUUCAGACUUAUUUCCUUUUCGUCUUUGUGAAGAUCAUAAUGCCAUGAUCACUGUUAUGUCAUCAUGUCAAAUCUGUAGUUGCAAACUAAAUGAACCAUUUAACACUACUGACUGGUCAAUGUACGAAACAUGGAAUUGGGUAUUGAUUGAAAAUAAUCUUCCUUUAAUACUGCAAAGCGGUAUGUUCAUAUGUAUGACUUGUAGAGGACACAUUUCUAAAUUAAAUCCUGGUUUCCCGACUAACAACUUGCCACAUUUGCGGAAAAAUAUCACUAUCAACAAUGCAAUUCGUUUAAAAUUAUAUGGAGAAUCACAGCAUAACUUGUUCGAUAUAUGUCAAGGAUCAACAUAUGCGACACCUAUUGUUGUUGCUAAGAUUGAAGAAAAUAAAGAAUCCGUUUGUUCAACAAAAGUUAAGUUUACUGAUCCUUUGAUAACUGCAACUUAUCGUUAUGAAGUUGACUAUGAUGAACAUGAUACAGAAUCAAUGACAAGCACUGUGUUAUUAAAUGUAGGUGAAAAAAAAUUAGUUUCACCUAAAUUAGAACCACAAGAUGAAGGACUUGAUUUUGUACAACUUGAAGAAGAACAUUCUAAAACAUUUACGACUAAUAAACCUACAGAUCAAUUCAAUAAUUUAUUCACAGACUCGACACCUAACACAAGUGGUAUUCAAAUGACAAACUCAUUAAAUGAAAAUGUUGAUGAUAUACCUGAAAACAUAUUAUCCGAGCAAAAUUAUGCCAGCAAUUUGUUGCAAUUGCACAGUGAUCAUCAAUUGAAAAAUUAUGAUAUCAAAAUAUCAAAAUAUGAAGAGAUUAAUCAAUAUCCAGGAAUUUCCAAUGAUAGUUCACUACAAAUUCGAUGUAAAGUUAACAAUGUAGAAAUUGUUAAAAACAAGCCAGAGAUUAUUGAUUCCCGUCAAGUUGUUAGUGAGCACAAUGAAAUAAAAAAUAAUCAAAGCAAGUUAAAUUCUAAUAAUAUUAUAUGUACUGUUGUCCCAGAUCUAAAAGAAAUUAAUCAAUGUUUAAAUGAAAUAAAUACAAUUCAUAAAACUGUUAAUUUAAAUGAGACUGACAAUAGUAUGUAUUCGUGUAUCACAGCAAUAGAACCACCUAAUGUUCUAGUUAAUCCUGUUUCAAUAAGGAGAAAACAAAAGAAUGUUAUAUGCGAUACAAUUUCCAAUAAAAUUGUGAAGAAACCAAGACCUAAUGAAAAAUACAGUUCGUAUGAAAAUAAUACUCACAAAUCCUGUGGAAAUAAAAAUAUUGCUCAUCCAAGUAUAAAUUCUGAUUUAAUUGGUGUUAAAGAUCUGUCAGGUGGUGUGGAUGAAGAAUCUUUAAAGCUUCAAAGUAGUAAUUUACUAAAAGAUAUUGAAUUGAAUACUAAUGUGCCAUCUAUUCAUGUAGAAACAGUUAACAGUUUGAACCCAAGUUGUGCAAGUCCACCGCAGUUACAUUUAUUAAAAAAAAUUCCAUAUUCUUACAAUAAGGAAAAAUAUUCUAGAAAAGGGGUGAAAAAUGUUCUGUUGGAUAAUAAUGUAUCUGAUUCUAAUAGUUUACCAGAAACUAUAACUUUAUCAGAACAUGGAAGUUUAUCAGAUUCUGAAAUUAGAGCUUCUAAUUUUAAUAUUUUAUUGGAUUCUGAAGAGUUUUCUGAAACUGACAGUGAAUUUAGUUGUUUACCACCAUGUGAAUUUGAAAAUGAUUUUGUAAUUAUAAAGAAUAAUAACAAUUCCGAUUCUGACGGUAAUAAAAUAUUAAAACUUACACACCUAUUAGAUACUUUAGAAGACUCAAAUAGUAAAAAUGUGCCUGAACGUAAAAUUCGAUCGGGUGCUGAAGCAGAAUCAGAUAAUUGUGAGGAAUCGCAAUGUAUAAUUUCUGUGUCCGAUUCUGAAAAGAUAAUUAAUGACAAAAAAUUAACUACCUUCAAAGUUAUUGAUAUAAAAUCAGAUCGCGAAGUACUAUUGAAUGAUGUUAAAGUCUUUGAACCUAAGUCUCAUAAGAAGGGAAAUAAAAUGUACCAUUGUGUAUAUAAAGAUGAAAUUGAACCUUCAGGUGACGAAGGAUUCUCUUGUAUAAUUGUAUACGAUACUGAUGAGGUAUCCAAUAAUACAAAUCUAACAACCUACAAAGUUAAUGUUAUAAAAGGAUUAGAUUAUACAAUAUUUUUGGAUGAUGAAAGAGUCAUGAUUGUACUAGAGGGUAAGAAUAAAAAUAAACAAAAUAAGAUUUUAUUUAAUAAGGUAGUUCAACCUUCCAGCAAUGAGGCAUCCAUUUGUAUAGUUAUAAUUGAUAAUGAAAAAGAAAAUUGUUCUAAAAAAUUAUCUACUUUCAAAACUGUUUGCAGUUCUAAAAGACCAGAUAAUGAAGUAUUGAAUGGUAAAGAACUCAAUAUUGUGAAUUUGGAUAGAUGGAUAAAAUAUACUGUAACUAAUAUUGACAUUGGAUCAAAUGGCAAUGAUAAAAAAUACUAUUGUUUCAUUAAACUCAAUAAUAAAGUUAUAAACAAAAAAAAUAUUGAAAAUUAUUUUGAUAACCAGGAGAUUUAUUGCAAAAAAGUAUCAGAUAUGAUUACUAUGCCAAAAGAUAUAAUUGAUGUUGAUGAUUCACAUGGCGAUAAUGAACUUGACAAAGUUCAAGAAUAUUUUAAAGAAAUUUUUUCUGCAAUACAAUAUUUUUUUAAAACUUCUUCUAAUAAAUCACAGAGAGAAUUGUAUUCUAAAAUAGGAAAUGAUACAGACAUGCUUCUGUACCUGAUGGAAAACUUUCGUAUGUUUUACAACGAAGAACUGGUUGUUCCUGAAACAGCUGAUGAAUUUUCUAAAAACUAUUUAAAAGAACAAAAAAAAAUGUUAUACGAUUGUUUUGGUGACCCUAAUGACAGUAUUAAUGCCUCAAAGCCGUUUAUACAUCCAUCAUCUCACCUACAUCAGUACAGCAAACGAUUAUCAACUGAUGUUAUAUCACUUCCAAUCCAAGAUAUGACUUCCAGUAGUUCAUUAACAAAGAGUAAUUCAAUUGCUUCAAAAGUUCAAACACAAAUAUCAAAAUAUCAAAUGCCGAAUUUGAGACAAAUAAUAUUACCGGUUGCAAUAAAAAAAAAAAAAAACUUUUGGUAAAAGUAAAUUUGUUCCCCGCCAAUAUGUAAGUUAAAGAGCAGCCAACUCAAACAAACAAAACUUCCUUUUCUUUCGUCUUUUCCAGUUUCUCUAUGGAUGACUGGUUUUAUAACAUAUAUUUUAAAAUAUUAUGUACCUAAGC